GGAUCGAGGCGCAGUAUCUGGGGCGCGGCUUCCGGGAGCGCGCUCUGAGGGAGGAGCGGCUGCGUCGCCUAUGUUGGGGAGCCGCGGAGGUGGGCGAGCGGCGUGGGGCGUACGGGGCGGGAGGACGGAGCAGGCCGGGCCGGGGCGACGGCCUGAUUGCGGGUGGAGUAGCCGGUAGGCGUGCUCCCUGAGGAAGGGGAGCCUAGCUUCCUUCCGCCCUGCGCUAACUUUGGGGUGUGGCAGUAAAGGGCCUGUACCCCGGGCCUGGGCUGGAGUGAGGACUGCGGUCACGGCAGUACUAAAUCACAAGUCUGUAGCCCCGAUUAUCCGCGAGGAUGUGAGGCCUCCUCACCCCACUUCUGGUAAAGCCUGCCCCGCAAAUUUCUUGUCACCUUCUGCCUUGCCCUUGCUAGCCUAGCUAGCGCCAGGGCUGCAGAGGCUGAAACAGGUCGAGUGUUCUUUAAGGAUCGCCACAAGAGUGAGUUCCAGAGUCUCACGAUGUCAGGGAAGCGGAAGCGUGUGGUAUUGACUAUUAAAGAUAAACUUGAUAUAAUAAAGAAACUUGAAGAUGGAGGCUCUUCCAAGCAGUUGGCGGUGAUUUAUGGAAUCGGUGAAACAACAGUCAGGGAUAUAAGAAAAAAUAAGGAAAAAAUCAUAACUUACGCAAGCAGCUCUGAUUCCACGAGUCUUCUGGCCAAGAGAAAGUCUAUGAAGCCAUCCAUGUAUGAGGAACUAGACAGAGCAAUGUUAGAAUGGUUCAAUCAGCAGCGAGCUAAAGGGAAUCCCGUAUCUGGACCAAUUUGUGCCAAACGGGCAGAGUUCUUUUUCUACGCUUUGGGAAUGGAUGGUGAUUUUAACCCUUCUGCUGGCUGGUUAACACGCUUUAAGCAGCGCCACAGCAUUCGAGAGAUUAACAUUAGAAAUGAACGAUUAAAUGGAGAUGAGACUGCUGUGGAAGAUUUUUGUAACAACUUUAGAGAUUUUAUCGAACGGGAAAAUCUUCAGCCAGAACAGAUCUACAAUGCAGAUGAGACUGGACUCUUUUGGAAGUGCCUACCUUCCAGGACUGCAGUAAUUAAAGGUAAAUGUACUGUCCCUGGGCACAGCUCAGGUGAAGAAAGAAUCACCGUUAUGUGUUGCACCAAUGCAACAGGCUUGCACAAACUUAAACUUUGUGUUGUGGGCAAAGCAAGGAAACCUCGUUCCUUCAAGUCAACUGACACCUUAAACCUGCCUGUCUCUUAUUUCAGCCAGAAAGGUGCAUGGAUGGAUCUCUCCAUUUUCCGACAAUGGUUUGAUAAGAUUUUUGUGCCUCAGGUUCGAGAGUACUUAAGAUCUAAAGGCUUGCAGGAAAAAGCAGUGCUUUUGCUGGAUAAUUCCCCAACACAUCCAAAUGAAAAUGUCCUGAGGUCAGAUGAUGGUCAAAUAUUUGCUAAAUAUUUACCACCUAAUGUAGCCUCAUUGAUUCAGCCCUUGGGUCAGGGAGUCAUAGCAACCAUGAAAAGAAACUAUCGUGCUGGUCUUCUCCAUAACAAUUUGGAAGAAGGUAAUGACCUGAAAUCAUUCUGGAAGAAGCUGACUCUUUUGGAUGCACUUUAUGAAAUAGCAAUGGCUUGGAACUUAGUAAAGCCAGUUACUAUUAGCAGAGCUUGGAAACAGAUUCUUCCUGCAAUGGAGGAAAAAGAAGAGUUGGACUUUGAUGAAGAAGAUAUUUCUGGUGCUACUGUGGCUACCAUUUUACAGCAUACCAAAGGACUGGAAAAUGUGACUCCUGAAAAUUUGGAAAAGUGGCUUGAGAUUGACAGUACUGAACCAGGGUAUGAAGUGUUAACUGACAGUGAAAUCAUCAGAAGAGCCCAAGGCCAGACAGAUGAAUCCAGUGAAAAUGAUGAGGAAGGAAUUGAACUGAUUCCAGAGAAACAUAUAAAUCACACAACUGCUCUCCAAUGGACUGAGAAUUUAUUAGAUUAUCUAGAACAGCAAGGUGAUAUGAUCCUACCAGACAGACUGGUAAUACGUAAACUUAGAGCCACCAUCAGAAAUAAACAGAAAAUGACAAACCCAAGUCAAUAACAGCAUUUGAAUUUUAUUGUUAUUAUAAUUGUAUUUGUGACACAUUGCAAUGUGGUGUCUGUUCAUAUUAUACAUUCUUAAACAUAAUACUAUGAAGUACAUAUCGAAAGUAUAUCCAAAGUGGUUUAAGGAUUAUGUGUUUCAUUAUGUGUCUUAUCCUCUUAUUUGUAAAAACAGAACUACUUCUGUGUGUAUAUAAAUGACACAUACUCAUAUAUUUGCAUCUGUGAAUUAGUGAUCUCCAGGAGUGGCGUUCUCUACAUUUUCAAGCUUUAAAAGUGAACAGAUUGAGCACUUUCCUUAAUUCUUUUGCUUGAAUUUUGAGGACUGCAAUAGCAAUCUUUCCUUGCGUUAACCACAUUAAUGGUUGUCUGGCUUUUGUAUUUGCAUUGGCUAAGAAUUAAAUAAUUAGAUUUUAGGAUGAUAUAUAAUAAUAUAAAAAUGAAAUUCAAUAACAAUGGUGAAAAUCUAUGAAUUAUAAAAAAUAGAAUCAUUUCUGUUUUACAUUUUUUUUGUGAAUGGAAAAGAUAAUUCUGGAAAUGAAUUAUAUGUAUGAAGUAAUUUUAAAUGAGAGAAACCAGAGCUGAUUUUUGGGAGGUAUCAGUUCAUUUGAAGGAAACUGGGUAUUAAAAAUUUGGAAAACAAUGAGUUACUUAUACAAAGAAAAAUAAUCUGGUCUUUUAUUUUUGAGUUGAAUAACAGUAUAGAAUUAUUUAUUUACCUAAUUUUUCAUAAAUGUUUUUUAAUUAUUACAUGUAAUAAUAACUCCCACUAAUACUUGGGAACAUCUGAAAUUUGAAAGUUAAUUUUUUAAAUGAGUUUUUAGAAAUAGCUAUAACUUGAAAAGCUUUUGUCAUACUUAGCUGAUUUUAUUUGAUAUGAAAGAAAUAAAGUUUAUUUUAGAUAAUUUGUAUGUUUGUAUUCUGUUUUUUGAAGAAAGCACAAAUAACUGGAAAGUGCUAGAUAAAGCAGUUAUUUUCUUUUUUGACACAAAAAGGAAUUCUGUAAUUUGUCCUAAGGAUUUUGACAGAUUUUCUUAAUUCUGCUUAUCUAAGAUAAUGAAAAUAGUUUUUAUAUGUUACAAUUAUAAUUUAAGGGAAAAGUAUUUUUAUUAUAGAUGUCUGAGCUCAAAACAUUAAAAAACAGAAUUGGUCACAAUUUUGAUUUUGUCAUUGGGAUGUCUUGGGAUUCUAAAACUUUUAAAGAGAUUUUUAUCUUGCAUUUCUGUUAUAUUUAUGUUAUAUGUAUGUGUGUCUAGAUUUUUCAAGUACUAUUUUAUGAUAAAAAGUGUUUUAAAAUUGUUUAAUUCAGUGCCUAAAGAAAGAAAAACAUUAAAAGUAAACAUGGGUAUUGAAUUAGAGCAAUUAUUAAUUAAAUCAUAUAUAAAACAUUUUUUAUAGAAUGAAAAUAU